GAUCCUCCAUCCAAUAAAGCAAAAGCUCAAUUAAUUUCAUUUACUCGUCCUGAUCGGUUCUUCUUCUAUAAACAAUAAAGACUCGAGUCUUCUCCUCAAUCUCAAUCUCUACGCUUAUUCCAAAUCCUCACAUACCUCACUCCUCAGUCUAGUGUCUCCUGACUAGAGAGAGAACAACCCAAGGCAAACAAAAGAUCAAAAUAUAUAUAGGAGCAUGCCAUCUAUGACGUUUUCGAUGUUCACUUUGACUUUGAUGGCCAUUUUCUCGGCCGCUAGUUCCUGCCCGCCGUCCGAUCAGGCAGCCCUGAUGGCAUUCAAGGCGGCCCUCUCCGAGCCCUACUUGGGCAUCUUCCACUCGUGGUCGGGAACCGACUGCUGUAACAAAUGGUACGGCGUCAGCUGUGAUCCGACCACUGGCCGAGUCGUUGACAUCAACCUCCGGGGAGAAUCCGAGGACCCGAUACUAGCCAAGGCAGGGCGGUGCGGCUACAUGAAGGGUUGGAUGUCGCACGAGAUCUGUAACCUCGACAGCCUUACCACUCUCAUCCUUGCUGACUGGAAAGGAGUUUCUGGCGAGCUUCCUUCUUGUCUCACUUCUCUCUCAUCCCUACGUAUACUCGAUUUAACCGGUAACCAAAUUUCUGGCAAAAUUCCAGACAAAAUCGGUUCCCUACAAAAGUUAACCGUACUAAAUUUGGCUGACAACGCCAUUACCGGUGAGAUCCCCGCCGGCAUUGUCGACAUCGGAGGACUUAAACACCUUGACCUCACCAACAACCAGCUUAGCGGAGAAAUCCCUUCAAAUUUUGGUAAACUCCGCAUGCUCAGCCGGGCGUUGUUGGGCCGGAACCAACUCACCGGGACUAUACCGGAGUCCAUCUGCGGCAUGAAGCGUCUAGCAGACUUGGACUUGUCCAUGAACCGGAUUUCGGGCCCGAUCCCAAGGAAUGUCGGGAAAAUGCGGGUUCUGUCGACGCUAAACCUCGACAGUAACUUGAUUUCUGGUCAAAUACCUCCAGCCCUUUUGAGCUCUGGAAUGGGGAUACUGAACCUGAGCCGAAACGCUUUAGAGGGUAACAUUCCAGACGUUUUCGGUGGCGAUUCGUACUUUAUGGCACUUGAUUUCUCUUAUAACAACUUGAAGGGUCCGAUACCCGCCUCAUUGUCGGCGGCCAAGUUUAUCGGGCACUUGGAUAUUAGUCAUAACCAUCUAUGUGGGGCCAUCCCACUUGGGUCACCGUUCGAUCACUUGGAAGCGUCGUCGUUUGCUAGCAACGAUUGCCUCUGUGGUAACCCACUGAGCACAUGUUAGAAUAAAUAUUGAUGAUUGAUUCGGCCGAUCAUUAUGCGUAACACCCAAAUACAGGGCUGUAAUAUUGUUUGUUGAGUAUAUCAAAUGUGUAUGUAUCUGGAAUUUAUUGAAAGUGAAUGAAUUUCACUUUAUGUCUUUUUUUUGGUAAUUUAUUAAUGUAAUGCCAGGUUUAUGCUAAAUCAACGUGAUCAACAGCAUAGUUAUUGAUAAUGCAUUGAAAAUUUAUUA